GGGUCUGGGUUGUAUCCUGUCCAAAGCGCAGGGGCCACACUUGCGUCAGUUGGAAGAGAAGUGUGCAGGGAUCCUUUCCAAUGGCUCCUCAAUACGCACCAAGUCUGCGCUCCAGGUUGGCUCCUAUGCUGCUUGUUCUGCAGCUAGGAUUCAUUCUCAUAUAUGCCUUUUACAUUGAGAUUGAAAGCAAUGUAAAAGUGUAUGGGAUUACCUUCAGCAACUUGUACCCUGAGUUCCAGGAUGUGAAUGUGAUGGUGAUUCUAGGUUUUGGCUACAUGUGCACUUUUCUGGUGCGGUAUGGUUUCAGUGGCGCUGGGUUCAACCUCCUUGUGGCUGUCAUAGCCACCCAAUGGGCUAUCAUACUCAAUGGCAUUGAGAACUGGUAUUACAGAGGAAAGAUCAGGAUAGACUUGAAAAGCUUAGUGGUUGCGGAGAUGUGUGCAGCUUCUGCCCUCAUUUCAAUUGGAGUCGUGCUGGGGAAGACUAACCCUGUCCAUCUGAUCCUCAUCGCUCUGCUGGAGGUCUCAGGGUUUGUCCUGAAUGAAUGGCUCCUCCAGACUCUGCUGAAGGUCCCGCCUCUGAACAGCAUCAUGCUGCUUCACAUUUUCGCGGCCUUCUUUGGGCUCAUGCUGACCCGGAUCCUGUACAGGAAAGGAUCCGAGCAACCAUUUGAAAAAGAGAAAGUUGAUCGCAAAACAGGAUUGUUCUCCAUAUUGGGGACUUUGUUUCUCUGUGUGUUUUGGCCCAGUUUUAACUCCGUCCUAGUGGAUAAUCAUACCCCUGGGAGGAGGCUGGGGGCCGUGCUCAGCACCUACCUGGCCCUGGCAGUCAGUGCUGUGACAGCAGCUGCUGUGUCUUCGCUCUCCAGCCCCGAGGGAAAACUCAACCCGAUCCAUUUGCAGUCUUGCAUGCUUGCUGGCGGUGUUUCUAUUGGGGUUUCCAUGCCAGCGGUUCAUCAGCCAUGGGAAGCCAUGACGAUCGGAUUCACUGCUGCUGUUGUAUCCACCAUUGGAUUCAGAUAUCUUAAGAGCCACAUGCUGCUUGCGUUUAAGUGCCAUGACACCUGUGCUGUCCUGAGCACACACGGACUGCCUGGUCUGCUGGGAUGGCUGGCACAUCUCCUGCUACAGAUUAAAGACUGCGAUGAUCACACAGCGGCAAUGCGGUUUGCUGUAUUUCACAUCUGUUCUCUCUUCAUCACCAUCUCUUUAAGUCUGUGCAUGGGAAUCAUUACAGGGCUCCUACUCAAGUGGAACUUCUGGAGGCCUCCCCAAGACAAGAAGUGUUUUGAUGAUCAGGCUUUCUGGGAGUUUCCCCAUCUUGCAGUGCAAAAGUAAGAAGACCAAGAUUCUGGAAAACUAUUUUUGGUGGUCCAUUCAUAUUGAUGUAAAUCAUUUUACACCAUUUUGCUUACUUAGUGCAUUGAUGUUUUUUUAUAUGUGCAAAAUAAAAAAAUAAAACAUAAAAGCAUGAA